CUUGUGUCUGUCGUCACACGGCUUGGUCUUUCGUCAGGUCUUAGUUAUCCCUCGUGCCAUCCCCAGUGAUUCUCGUGGUCCUAGAUCCAAUUUCCUGCUCCCUACCCUUUCUAGAACCGUAUGCGGUGUGACGGUUUUCAAAUCUAUUCGAUGCGAGAAAGCACGAACGAUAGCCUAUAGUAUAGGGUACGGGGACAAGUAUUUCUUAUUCGAUUAGUUUCACCCGCUUCGUAUCACAUUGCUUCAAUUCAGUCCGUUCAGUCUUUCUUCGCAGAAUCAUACUUCAUACUCACAGCUCAACCGAAGAAAUAACUAUACUUGGGAAUUGACUUGAAAACGGAAACGACGUGUCGCUACUGCGUGGUGCUGGCCUCUAGCUCUCUAGCUCUGCUCUACAUCGGUCUGGUGAGAGAAACUAACUACUUACUUACACUGCAGCGACUGCUAAGGCUAGAGCAAUUACCUGUACGAUACGCUGUCGUUUAUUUCCCUGGCUCGCGAGGAGUGCAGAGGUCAAGAGUGCAUGGAGGUCGCGUCUAGUCUGGCGUGUAAGCUUCUGCGCGUAGCGGGGUUUCUCCUUUCAAAUUCAAUGCACGCUAGAGCUUGGCUUGAGUCGGAAGAGCUUUUAGCAUGCCUGUUCUGAGAGUGGCCACAAGCAACGUCUUCAAAUCGUUCUCCAGGGCAUCCUUGUAUUUGAUUAGUUUCACGCUCGUUGUGGCAGCGAUCGUGGACGUCGCUGACUCUCAGUCACUCAAAGCGGGAGGCAGGAAUGUCUGCAGUAAGCCUAUCAACAUCACACGGGUAGUUCGCGUGUCGGUACGCCAGUCAUACACGGAGCGCUACUACAGACCAUGUCGUUUCCGCUUCUGGGCGAAAUGUACACGAUUCAGAACGUCUUUUCGCACCAUCUACAUGAACGUCAACAAACCAACUGCGGAGAAGGUGCCACUGUGCUGUGAGGGAUGGAGGCAGAGUGGUACAGAGUGCUCCACACCCAUUUGCCACAACCCUUGCCAGAACAAAGGGUUGUGUAUCGGUCCUGACAGGUGCGACUGUGCGCCAGGAUGGAUUGGAUCAUCCUGCCAAACUGCUUGCACUGACUGGAUGCAUGGGUUUGACUGUCAGCGACGCUGCGCUUGUGAUCGUAACACCAGCGUACACUGUGAAAAGGCCACGGGUCACUGCCACUGCAGACCCGGGUAUCAAGGCGAACGAUGUGAAAUGAAAUGCCAGUUAGGUUACUACGGCGAGAACUGUGCCCAGCCCUGUACGUGCCGCUCAUCAGGCCAGUGUGAUCAUGUGACUGGUAAAUGCAACUGCACCGCUGGCUUCUACGGACCAGACUGCUCACUACCAUGUCCACAGGGCGUCUGGGGCGAGCACUGUGUGAAGCCAUGCCAGUGCGAGAAUGAUGCGCCGUGUGAUGCGGCCACGGGGCUUUGCGACUGUCCACCAGGCUGGGUUGGGAAAAGGUGUAACCUACAGUGUCCGUAUGGCCAGUACGGUCCUGACUGUCAGAGGAUAUGUGAAUGUAACCAGGCACCAUGUGAUAAAGUCACUGGACAGUGUAGCUGCAGUCCGGGAUUUAUGGGCAAAAGCUGUGAGAUCCCGUGUCCGGAGGGCCUCUUUGGUCGCAACUGCCAGUUCACCUGUGUGUGCGAGAAUGGUGCCACAUGUAACCCUAGCAACGGCAAGUGCACCUGUCCAGCGGGUUUCAUUGGCGAAAGGAUGGCUGAAUCGGCAUGA